CAAUUACAAUCGAAGAUGCGACCAUUUACCUUCCUCUCUCUCCAUCGCUUCUCUUCCCAAACCCCACCCUACUCACUCAUACUCCGCCACUCCAUGGCCGCCUCCGCCGCCGCCGUUGAACCCAUCAGCCCAACCAACACCAAACUCGGCUGGAUCGGCACCGGAGUAAUGGGCCGUUCUAUGUGCUCCCAUCUCCUCAAGGCCGGCUACGCCGUCACUAUCUUCACCCGCACUCAGUCCAAGGCCGAAUCUCUACUUUCCAUGGGUGCCCAAUGGGCGGACUCCCCAAAAUCACUCGCCUCCCAAUCCGACGUCAUCUUCUCCAUCGUCGGCUACCCCUCCGACGUCCGCCACGUUUUCCUGGACCCCACCUCCGGCGCUCUCGCCGGCCUCCGCCCAGGCGGCGUAGUAAUCGACAUGACUACCUCCGACCCCUCCCUCGCCGUCGAGAUCCACUCCGCGGCCACCACCGCCGGCUGCUCCUCCGUAGACGCCCCCGUUUCCGGCGGAGACCGCGGCGCCCGCCUCGCCGCGCUCUCCAUAUUCGCCGGCGGCGACGAAACCCUAGUCACUCGCCUCACCCCUCUGCUGAGCAAUCUAGGAAGAGUCUACUACAUGGGUGGGCCCGGGAAGGGGCAGUUCUGUAAAUUAGCAAACCAAGUGACCAUCGCCUCAACAAUGGUGGGCUUAUGCGAGGGUCUGAUAUAUGCGCAUAAAGCCGGUUUGGAUUUGAGUAAUUACAUUAAUGCCAUUUCGACCGGUGCAGCCGGGUCGAAAUCGUUGGAAUUGUACGGGAGCAGGAUACUGAGCAGGGAUUUCGAGGCGGGAUUUUACGUGAAUCAUUUUGUGAAGGAUUUGGGGAUUUGUUUGAGGGAGUGUCAGAAUAUGGGGUUGGCUUUGCCCGGUUUGGCUCUCGCUCAGCAGCUGUACGUGUCGCUUAAGGCACACGGUGAGGGCGAUUUGGGUACUCAGGCUCUCGUUUUGGCGCUCGAGAGGCUCAAUAAUGUGUCGCUUGUCUCGGAUUCUUCGGCCGACAAAAAGUAGUGAAACUGGUAAAGUUUUCGACUUUGUGCAAAUAUUUGAAUCAAUGUACCUUGUAGAAAUAAUGAGCAUACAUGUUAACGCAAAACUCGAUGGUGAAUAAUAAGAUGCGUUGAACCGUUUCUUUCAGUUUGUUUACUUCAUCGAAUCAUGCGAAUAUUUGCACUUUUCGGCCAA